GCCGCCAUUGCCGGUAUUUUUGUGCUAUAAAUGUAAACGAACAAUGCAAAACUAUUUAUUUUUUGAGAUAAAUUGAAAACAAUGAAAACUGAAAAGUCGUUUCUUUUGUUAAAUUUUUAUCUUACACUUCAUAUCUGUCGUUCGUCCGUUGACUGCAGCAAUCUUUACGUUUGAGUGUAUAUUUAAUAUUUAUUAUUUUAUUUUUAUCGUGGAUUUUAUAUGCGUCGUUACUCGUUAGUCCGUUAACUGCAGUUGUAACGUUUUGAGUUUAUGUUCAUUGUUAAAUUAAAUAUAUUUUAACCUAACCUACCACGUGAUUUUUCCCACAGUGAACCAUUUUCAAAAUGGAUCAAGAGGAAGACUGGGACUCACCUUCUGGUAUGCAAUAUCAACCUCAACAGCAGUACAUACCUCAACAACAAUAUAGGAAAACCUUUACCAGUAAUCCAGACGAUUUGCUCAUGGAUAUAGAAUCCAAGUUUGCGGGUUUGAUUAUUGGUAAAGGUGGUGCUGUAAUUAAAGGCUUGAGGAAGGAAAGUGGUGCGUUUAUCUCAGUCAUAGAUGGCGAUUCCUACUUGUUAAAAACUGUGAAGAUUUCAGGAAAUCCAAAAGCCAAAGAACAUGCUCAAAAGCUCAUUAAUGAUAUCAUUGAUGCGAACGAUCAGGAAAAAAUAAGACAAAAGUUAAAAGAAGAAUCAGACAUAAAACUGAAUGAACCAGUUCAGCUCACUUUUAAUUGGGAUGAGUUGAUGAAAGAAGAAGCAGAAAAUCAAAAAAAAAGAUUAGCGGCUUUAACACCAAUUAUUAAAGAUUUCUAUAAAGAACACCCGGAAGUGACCAUGAUGACUGAUCAGGAAGUUGAAGAUUUCAGGAUUUCUAAGAACAACAUAAUGAUAAAAUAUAUUGAUGAGAAUAAUUUAAAACUAAUUCCUAAACCAGUAUUGAAAUUUUCACACGCAUUUAAAGAUUAUCCAGAAAUAUUGGAUGAAAUACAAAAACAAAACUUUGAAACUCCGUCUCCUGUACAGUGUCAGGCAUGGCCUAUCAUCAUGAGUGGGCACGACUUAAUAGCUAUUGCACAAACUGGGACAGGUAAGACGUUGGCCUUUUUGCUUCCUGCUUUUAUUCAUCUUGAUUGUCAACUAACUCCUCGUAGUGAACGAAAAGGACCAUCUAUACUAAUAUUGGCUCCAACUAGAGAAUUGGUGUUACAAAUUGAAAGUGAAGUUAAAAAAUAUAGUUACAAAGGCAUUAAAGCCAUGAGUAUUUACGGAGGUGCAAGUUCUGGAAAGCAAAAAGAAUGUCUACGGAAUGGUGUAGAAAUUGUCAUAGCUACUCCUGGUCGACUUAAUGAUUUUGUUGGUAGUGGUGCUAUCGACUUAUCAGAUGUGACAUUUUUGAUACUUGAUGAAGCUGACCGUAUGUUGGAUUUAGGUUUUGAACCUCAAAUACGUGUUUCAUUACUGAGGGUAAGACCAGAUAGACAAACCAUAAUGACAAGUGCAACUUGGCCACCUGGAGUUAAACGUCUUGCUAAAAGCUAUACAACCAACCCUAUUCAAGUCAUGGUUGGAUCAUUGGAUUUGACAACAGUGAAUACUGUAAAACAAGAUAUUCUUAUAAUGGAAGAAGAAGAAAAAGAGUUUUGGCUAGAAAAUUUUCUGAGAAACAUUAGCGAAGAUGAUAAAAUAAUAAUAUUUGUGAAUAGAAAAGUAACCGUAGAUCAUCUUUCAUCAGAUUUAUGUUUGAAGGGAUUCAUUGUUGAAUCUAUUCAUGGUGGUCGUGAACAAAGUGAUCGUGAAAUGGCUUUGGAAUGCUUACGUAAUGGUGAAGUUAAUAUUUUAAUAGCUACAGAUGUGGCUUCUCGUGGUAUUGAUAUUAAUGAUAUUACAGUGGUAAUAAAUUAUGAUUUUACUAAGGAUAUUGAAGAGUAUGUGCAUAGGGUAGGACGGACUGGACGAGCUGGAAAAACUGGUUUGGCAAUUACCUUAAUGACUAGAAAAGACUGGGGCAAGGCCAAAGAGUUAGUAGAAGUGAUGGAAAAAUCUGGACAAGAUGUACCUCCAGAGUUACAAGAUAUGGCAUUGAGGUAUGAAGCUAAAAAAGUUAGGGAUAGAGCCGAAGGAGGUGACAGGCCAUUUAGAGGUGGCAGAGGAGGUGGAAGAGGAUUUUCGAGAGGAGAUGGAGGAUUUUCAGGGAAUAGAAGAAAUAAUUAUUAAGUUUUUAUUAUUACAAAUUUGUUAAGUUUUUCAAUAUUCAUUAUUACUUUAAAAAUUUUA